GUAUCCAACAUCAAGAAUCAUGUCCCAAUCAUUCUUGAGAUGGAAAAUGUCCAAUACGCGACAUGGGCUGAACUUUUCAAAAUUCACGCACGAUCCCAUAGGGUAAUUGAUCAUAUAAUUCCUCCGCAGGAUGGCAAGCAGAAGACACCACCAACGGAGGAGGAGACAGAACUCUGGUUGACACUAGACGCCACCAUUCUACAAUGGAUUUAUGCCACCAUUUCUCAUGAUCUUUUACAUACUAUUCUUGAACCCGAUACCACGGCAAUGGAGGUUUGGAAUAGGUUGCAUGAUAUAUUCCAAGAUAACAAACACUCUCGUGCCGUUACAAUACUUGAGUAUGAUUUCACCCACACAACCACAAAGGCCUUUUCAAGUGUCUCUGCUUACUGUCAACAUCUCAAGUCAUUGUCGGAUCAACUCAAGAAUGUCGGCUUUCCAGUCGAUAACAGUAGGUUGGUUCUGCAAUUGGUGUCCGGUCUCACUGAACCCUACAAGGGAGUGGCCACACUCAUCCGUCAAAGUGAUCCCUUGCCUCAGUUUUAUCAAGCACGGUCGAUGCUUGUUCUUGAAGAAUCUGGCCUCAAGAAGGCGGCUCAGACCUCGUCCUCCGCCAUGGUGGCUCGUGACUCGGAUGAAUCUCAAGAGAUGUCUGAUCAUUCAUUAGCACGCCGCACAAAUAAUGGUGGAAAACUGUAUUCAAAUCGUGGCAAUUCUAGAAAGAGUCACAACAACACUGGUGGUCGUGAUAACUCAGGCGCUGGCAAGGGAGGCUCUGGUGGCGGGGGUAAAGGUGACGGUGGCAGCAAUCGCGGGGGUGGACAGCAGCAGCCCCAGAACAACCCCUGGCCUGCAGGUCAGCAAUGGCCUUGGCCAUGGAUGUAG